AUGGAAUAUACAAACUCGCAGCAGCGUCUGCUACACACGGGCUCCUUCACUGGCCUUCGUCCAAUGGAGAACUUGCACGGCUAUUUCCAGCCCAAAUCGCAGCCCUUUUGCGCUGAUCCUGAAGGCUGGGGUCCUCUCAGUCCUAUUCGCUAUGACUUCACCCCUUGCUUCAUCGAUGUCUGGAUCGGUUCCGUUGCUGCUUUUGGUCUGCUUUUUGGUCUGCUCGCCAUCUGGUAUCUGCGGGGCAAGAACGACAACAAGACUCCCAAGGAUGUUGGCUACUGGCUGAAGCAGACACUGUUUGGGGUCCUUACCGCCUCUGUACUCGUCCAGCUCCUCUUCCAGGUUAUGGACGCCAAGCACAUCGACUUUCGCAUCGCUAUCACCCUGCUGCUGCUGGCUUCUUUUGUCGUCAUCUUCUACAUCCAACACCUUGAACACACUAGAAUACGACACGCCAAUGGUGUCGUCCUCUUCUACUGGCUCCUUCUCAUGAUUGCUCAGAGCGUUAAGCUUCGCUCCCUCAUCUCACAACAGCUCUACGCCCACGACGAGCGCUACUUCAUCUCCUACUGUGUCGGCUUCGGCCUCUCGGCCGCCGAGUUCCUUGUCGAGUGGCUGUGGCCUCGCUUCGGCACCCCCAGCGACUACCAGGCCAUCGCCGAUGAAGACGAGUGCCCAGUCGAAUAUGCGACCGUCUUCUCCAAGCUCACCUUUUCGUGGAUGACCCCCAUGAUGCGCUUCGGCUACAAGACCUUCCUCACUGAGGAUGACCUCUGGGCCCUCGCCAAGGCCGACAAGACCAGCACAACUGGCCAGAGCUUCAGUGAUGCCUGGGAGCAUGAGAUGAAGAACAGGCCCAAGUCUCCUUCUCUCUGGCUCGCCCUCUUCCGUGCCUAUGGUGGUCCUUAUGCCGUCGCAGCCGUCUUCAAGAUUGGAAAUGACAUGUCGCAGUACAUUCAGCCCCAGCUGCUUCGUCUGCUGCUCAGGUGGGUUCAGUCCUAUGAGACUGACUCCCCCCAGCCCGUCAUCAAAGGUGCUGCUCUUGCGCUGGCCAUGUUCGCAUGCGCCAUCUUCCAGACUACCAUGGUCCACCAGUAUUUUCAGCUCGCUUUCGAAACGGGCAUGCGCAUCAAAGGCGGCCUCGGCUCCAGCAUCUAUCGCAAGGCUCUCCGACUGUCCAAUGAAGGCCGCUCCACCAAGUCCACUGGCGACAUUGUCAACUACAUGGCUGUCGACGCUCAACGCCUGCAGGACCUGACCCAGUUUGCUCAGCAGGCUUGGUCCGCCCCGUUUCAGAUCAUCAUCUGUAUGGUUUCCCUCUACAGCCUGGUGGGAUGGUCCAUGCUUGCUGGUAUUGCCGUCAUGAUCAUUAUGAUGCCCAUCCAGGGCUUCGUUGCGAGACUGAUGAAGAGGCUUCAGAAGGAACAGAUGAAGAACAAAGACGCCAGAAGCCGUCUGAUCAACGAAAUUAUUACUAACAUGAAGAGCAUCAAGCUCUAUUCUUGGGGCUCUGCCUUCAUGAACAAGCUCAACUUUGUGCGAAAUGAGCAAGAGCUGAAGAACCUCCGCAAGAUUGGUGCCACUCAGGCCGUUGCCAACUUUACCUGGAAUACUGCUCCCUUUUUCGUCUCGUGCUCGACGUUCACCAUCUUCGUUCUCACCCAGAACAAGCCCCUGACGACAGAUAUUGUCUUCCCUGCUCUGGCACUCUUCAAUCUUCUUUCUUUUCCCUUGGCCGUUCUCCCCAUGGUAAUCACCUCCAUCGUCGAAGCCUCUGUUGCCGUCGGCCGUCUCACCGACUUUUUCAAUGCCGAGGAGGUUCAGUCCGAUGCCAUUACGGUUGGACCUGCUCCCAACAAGCUUGGUGAGGAGUCUGUCAUCAUCCGCGAUGGAACUUUCUCCUGGAACCGUCACGAAGAUAAGAAGGCUCUCAAGGAUAUCAACUACACCGCGUACAAGGGCGAACUCUCCUGCAUUGUUGGCCGUGUUGGUGCUGGCAAGUCGUCUUUCCUUCAGAGUAUCCUUGGUGAUCUCUGGAAGGUUGCCGGCCACGCAGAAGUCCGCGGCAAUGUUGCGUAUGCGUCUCAGCAAACCUGGGUGCUCAACGCCACUGUCAAAGAGAACAUCGUCUUCGGUUACCGCUACGACUCUGAGUUCUACGAAAAGACUGUCAAGGCUUGCGCCCUUCUUGAUGACUUUGCUCAACUUCCUGAUGGUGACGAGACGGUUGUUGGUGAGCGCGGCAUUUCCUUGAGCGGAGGACAAAAGGCCCGUGUAUCACUUGCUCGAGCUGUUUACGCUCGCGCCGAUAUCUAUCUCCUUGACGAUGUCCUAUCUGCUGUUGACUCGCACGUCGGGCGACACAUCAUUGACAAUGUUCUCGGGCCCCGUGGCUUGCUCUCCUCCAAGACUCGUAUUCUCGCAACAAACUCGAUUCCCGUCUUGCGCCAGGCAAGCUACAUCACCCUCCUUCGCGAUGGCGAGAUUGCCGAGCGUGGCUCUUACAACGAUCUCGUGGCUAAGAAAGGCCUGGUCGCUGAUCUCCUACGCACUGCUUCGCAAGAAUCCGGCGAAGGCUCCGGGGCUUCUACGCCGCCAUCCAGCGAGUCGACCAUCGUUGGCGCUGAAAGCAGCCCAGACAAGGAGGAGCUCGCAGAAGCGCAGGAGAACAUUGCUGAACUGGCUCCCAUCAAGACUGCUAAGAUGGGACUCGCUGUGGCUGACAAGGGUCGCUCGAGCAGUAUGGCUACUUUGCGCCGUGCUAGCACCGCUUCUUUUCGCGGUCCCCGUGGCAAGCUUACGGACGAGGAGAUGACCCCAAGCCGCCGCACUCAGCAAAAGAAGGAGUUUGUCGAGCAAGGCAAGGUCAAGUGGUCUGUCUACGGAGAAUACGCCAAGGAGAACAAUGCCAUUGCUGUUUUCGUCUACCUCACCGCUCUGCUUGCCGCCCAGACGGCCAACAUUGGUGCUGCUUUCUGGCUGCAGCACUGGGCCGACCAGAACCGUGACAAGGGCACCAACGAGAAGGUGGGAACUUAUAUCGGCAUCUACUUUGCGAUUGGCAUCUCGUCGUCUGCUCUGACUGUCAUCCAAACCCUCGUUCUCUGGAUCUUCUGCUCGAUUGAGGCCUCGCGUAAGCUGCACGAGCGCAUGGCCAACGCCAUCUUCCGCUCUCCCAUGUCUUUUUUCGACACGACUCCUACCGGGCGUAUCCUGAACCGCUUCUCCAGCGACAUCUACAAGGUGGAUGAGAUUCUGGCUCGCGUCUUCAACAUGCUGUUCAACAACGUUGCGCGAUCUGGCUUUACCAUCUUGGUCAUCUCCUACACGACGCCGCCAUUCACCGCCUUCAUAAUCCCGCUUGGCCUGGCGUACUACUUCAUCCAGCGCUACUAUCUCCGCACAUCACGCGAGCUGAAACGUCUCGACAGCGUCAGCCGCAGUCCCGUCUAUGCGCACUUCCAGGAGUCGCUCGGCGGCCUCACAACGAUUCGCGCGUACCGCCAGCAGGAGCGCUUCCGCCUCGAGAACGAGUGGCGCCUCGACGCCAACCUCAGGGCCUACUUCCCGUCCAUCAGCGCAAACCGAUGGCUUGCGGUGCGCCUCGAGGUCAUGGGCGCCGUGGUCAUUCUGGCCGCCGCCGGACUUGCCAUCAUUGCCGUGGCCAGCGGUUCUGGUCUUGGAGAUGGGCCGAUUGGUCUCUCGCUGUCGCAAGCACUGCAAAUCACAACCUCCCUCAACUGGAUCGUCAGACAGACAGUCGAGGUCGAGACCAACAUUGUCUCGGUUGAGCGUGUGCUUGAGUACGCCGCGCUGCCCAGCGAGGCGCCUGAGGUGAUUGCCAACCACCGACCCCCCGUGGCCUGGCCGGCCAAGGGCGAGGUCGAGUUCAAGAAUUACAGCACGCGGUACCGCGAGGGCCUUGACCUCGUGCUCAAGAACGUAAACCUAGACAUCAAGUCGCACGAGAAGAUUGGCGUCGUCGGCCGCACUGGCGCGGGCAAGUCUUCGCUUACGCUGGCGCUGUUCCGUCUGAUCGAGCCCGCAACCGGGCAUAUUGGCAUCGACAACCUGAAUACGUCGUCUAUUGGCCUACUGGAUCUCCGUCGUAGACUGGCCAUCAUCCCGCAAGAUGCCGCCCUGUUUGAGGGCACCGUGCGCGACAACCUGGACCCGGGCCAUGUUCACGACGACACGGAGUUGUGGAGCGUUCUAGAUCAUGCGCGACUCAAGGAUCAUGUUAAGACCAUGGACGGCGGACUAGAAGCCAGAAUUACAGAAGGAGGAUCGAACCUCUCUCAGGGACAGCGACAGCUCGUGUCCCUCGCGCGGGCCAUGUUGACGCCGUCCAACAUCCUGGUCCUCGACGAGGCCACGGCCGCCGUGGACGUCGAGACGGAUGCGAUGCUGCAGGCGACGCUGCGCUCGCCGCUCUUCGCCCACCGCACCAUCAUCACCGUCGCCCACCGCCUCAACACCAUCGUCGACAGCGACCGCGUCAUCGUGCUCGACAAGGGCGAGGUGGUCGAGUUUGACACGCCCGCCGCGCUGUACCGCCGCCAGGGGCAGUUUUACAACCUGAUGAAGCAGGCCGGCCUUGAGGUUGAGUGA